AUGUCAUCUUCUAGAGCUUUCGAAUCGUUGGCUGUUUAUUGUCGUGAAUUUACGUCUGUGGUUCCAAUUACAUUCGUAAUGGGAUUCUAUGUGACCUUCAUUGUUGGUCGUUGGUGGCAACAAUAUGUGAAUAUUCCCUGGCCAGAUAAAGUAUGCUUAGAAGUGUCAGCGUAUGUCCAAGGAAGUGAUGAACGAGGACGGAUGAUCCGUAGAGCAAUGGCAAGGUAUCUCAACCUAAUAGCAGCCCUAACAUUCCAGAAUAUUUCCACGGUAAUUAAACGGCGAUUUCCUACAGUCUCUCAUCUUGUAGAAGCCGGAAUCCUGACUUCGGAGGAAAAAGAUAUGUUGGAUAACACACAAACACCGCAUGGAAUAUGGUGGGUCCCAUCUCAAUGGUUUUGUCAAUUGGCCGCCACUGCACGUAAGGAAGGUCGAAUACAUGACGAUCUACAUCUGAAGACUUUAAUAGAUGAUUGUCUUGAAUUCCGUGGUUACUGCGGAAUGAUAUGGUCAUAUGACUGGAUAUCAGUUCCAUUGGUAUAUACACAGGUUGUAACUAUAGCGGUGUACAGCUUUUUUGCCGCAUGUCUAUUCGGAAGGCAGUACUUGUUACUCGAAGAUUCAAAUGCUCCGCUACCUCAUUCGAUCGACUUCUACCUGCCAAUUUUUUCAAUGUUUCAAUUUUUCUUUUAUGUUGGAUGGCUCAAAGUAGCUGAGUCAAUGAUUUGUCCUUUCGGAGAGGACGAUGACGACUUCGAUUUGAACUGGAUUGUCGAUCGAAACCUACAAGUGAGCCUUCUCAUGGUUGAUGGACUUCAUGGUAGACAACCACCACUCACUCGCGAUCUUUUCUGGGAUUCAAUCGGAGCCGAAUUACCAUAUACGCAAGGAGCUUCAAAAUAUCGUGCUGAUCCGUUUGUUGGAUCUACGAUGGCUAUGAACAUCCCGGAUCAUGAUGCUGUGUGGGAGGUCGAUCAGAUGCCACCAAUUACGGAAGAAGAUGGUUCGAGCAGAAGAAACUGCUGUGAGGAUGAGGAUGGUGUGGAUAGUGUGUGCAGUAGAAGAUCAUAUAGGAAAAGAAGAGGCUUAGGUGCCCUACUACUAGGCUACUCUCGUCAAACUAUACCGUCACGUUUCGGUUCAAGAAAGAGCUUAAACUCUGUAUCAGCUAAAAUUGGAGGCAAAUCACCUAUCCAACUAAUGCGAUCUCUUGGUGAACGAAAUUUUGGCCGAAAGCGAUCAAGUGCUGAAGAAAACGAGGAUGUUCCAAUUUUUAAUGGAAGUAGCAGUGUUGUUUCUAUGGUGAAUGAAACGGGUCAGACAAUGUUUUCAACUACACAUCUAGUUGAUAAGGUGAAAUAUAAGAUGAACAUUCAGCCAGUGCUUGAAGAAGAGCGACAGCCUAUUCCCAGUGCUGAUACCACUGUUACCUCAGUACCUACAAGUACUGCUAUGGAGUCUAGUAGUGACGGAAGUGCAGCGCUAUGCACGAGCACUGCACAUCUUCUCCUUCGAUCCAAGACUCUCGAUACUUAG